CCUUUGCUGAUUUCUGAUGAUGUUCCUUUACUCACCUAGGGUGUCGGCCAUUCCUGAAGAUCUACCAGUCGAUGCAGCCUGUUUACACAUCAGGAAUCUACAACAUCCCGGGAGACGGACAGACCAGUAUCUGUAUUACCAUCGAGCCAGGACUCAUGUUGAAAGGAGACAUUUUGCUGAAAUGUUACCAUAAGAAGUACCAGAGCCCGAGCAGAGAAAUCGUGUUCCGUGUGCAAUUCCACACAUGUGCAAUCCAUGACCUUGGUGUGGUGUUUGGCAAAGAGGAUCUCGAUGACGCCUUUAAAGACGACAGAUUCCCUGAAUAUUCAAAGGUCGAGUUCAUUUUCUCUUUUGGCCCUGAGAAAAUACAAGGGAUGGAACACCUCGAGAAUGGGCCAAGUGUCUCUGUUGAUUACAACACUGCUGACCCCUUGAUCCGAUGGGAUUCCUAUGAGAACUUUAACGCCCAGCAAGAGGACCAGCCCGAGGAUGUGGUACACACCCAGGGGCCGUUGGAUGGGAGUUUGUAUGCCAAAGUAAAGAAGAAGAAUUCAACCGAUGGGACGACAAAUCCAGUCCCUGCCAAUGGUAUUCCUUUACCUGGGGUGCCCAACCAUAUCGAGCACACCCUGUCAGUGAGCAGUGACUCUGGGAACUCCACCGCCUCCACCAAAACUGACAAGACUGACGAGCAGCCACCGCCCAGCAACCAAGGCAUCACACCUGAGGAGAGACGGGAGCUUGACAGGCUGCUCAGUGGCUUUGGUUUGGACAGCAAGGCACCAAUGCACAACAGGGCCUCUGGCCUGUCAGUGUCAGCAGGACCUCGUCAUGUGCUGGUUCCUGCCCAGGUCCACGUCAAUGGAGAUGUGCCAAUGGCCAACACAGAGCGGGAAACCGACAUUCUAGAUGAUGACUUGCCCAACCACGACCUGAACAGCGUCGACAGUGUGGGCACACUCUCCUCCUUCGAGGGCACCUACCCCAUGGCAACGGGUGAGGUGGGUUACCACGAGUCUCCACGGGUAGACCAGGCCUUGCUUGUAUCCAAUGGGCCACUAAGUUACAAUGGAAUCAACAAACUCCAGAGGGAUGGAUACUGCGAGUCAGACCUAACGGGAAUCAGCUACACCAAGAACAUCCCAAGGAGUAACAGCGUAACCCAGGCAGGCCAACAGCAGAACUCUACAGGCCACUUGAUCCCUGUCAUCUCCACUCCUCAGCACGUCACUUACACCAUGCCAAGCUGUGUCCAGCAGCCUCAAACAGCUGUUGUCCAGCAGUCCUAUCCCAUUGGCCCCACUGGGAUGUACAGAUCUCAGUCGUUCAGUGCGCCUGACAGCUCCAGACGUGAGCUUGUGUCCAAUCUGCCUCAGACCCCAGCACGCAGCACCAGCAGUAGGGACGCAGUUCAGAGAGGCCUGAGCACCUGGCAGCAGCAGGGGAGCUGGUCCUCAUCCUACCCACAGGCAAAUGGGGUGCUCGAGGGUCCUAGCAGUCCUUUGAGAACUCAGAGCCCGCAGCACAGCACCUCUGAGCCAACACUGCAAAGCCACAACAUCCCAGAGUUCCCAAGAAUGGCCUCUCAGCAGGAGAUUGAGCAGUCCAUUGAGACCCUCAACAUACUCAUGCUAGACUUGGACCCUUCAUUCUCUCAGGCACACAAGUUUCAGCGCGAGCCAAUGGUGGAACCACAGCCCCCAUCACACUUCAGCUCUGCAGAUCAUCAGGAUGCCAUUCAAAGACCAUCAAACUCGUUUGAGCCUACUCACACCGUCAUGGCAGCCAACAUGUAUGCCCCAAGCCAGCCAUUGACACACACAACUGAUCUGAUACACCAGACUUCAUCAGAGCUAGAUCAGAGAAAUGUGGACAGUUGUCCCCCGGGUGCCUCACUCCCACAGGAGCAACAACAGAACCCUGUAGGAGUCUAUUACCCAGUGUAUGGCCACGCAAGCCAGCAACCGCAGUCAGCCACCACCACACCGAGAGGUUACGGCCGAGGACCAAAUGACAACGCCUCAUCCCCGGUGCCACCAUUUGUAUCGCACAGUGGACCCGUUUCCGCAACCUACUCCAUGCCAUCUCAGUCACAAGUGCAAGUGAAAUCUGCCAGCCUUGAUGGCAUCGCCAGGAUGCCCGAGGAAGAACAUUAUAAUUUGGAGGGACUGGUCGCUCAGCGGGUGGCAGAAUACAACGCUAGGAUCCGAGGUAUCUGGCACGGCGUCAACCUCUAUCCAUCCUUCCAUCGUCAUCGGUCUCACACCUUCUCUGGUGUGAGGUCACAGGCCACAAGCCCCGAGGAAAUGGGACCGACCUCUAGACGACGAACGACCAGCGAGGGGCAGUAUGAGAACAGUGGCAACAGCAGUGGUGUCUCCCGAAGCCCACCCUUGCGUUCCCCAAUACGUUGUGUGUCCCCUGAGGUGGCUAGUUCUAUCGCCGCUAAUCCAGGAGGACGACCCAAAGAGCCCAACAUGCACAGCUACAGAGAAGCAUUCGAAGAAAUGGAAGGAACGCCAACGAGUCCCACCAGUGGGGCUGUCCGUUCCCCACCAGGACUAGCUAAGACUCCACUCUCUGCACUGGGCCUGAAGCCUCACAAUCCAGCUGAUGUCCUCCUCCAGUCAGCAGCGCUCGGACAAGAGCCCAGGAGUUACGUGGAGUCGGUUGUCAGGACAGCAGCAGUCGGGGGAAGCAAUCUGCAAAGUACUCCCACGCCUCAGAGCUACGUGGUGGAGACCCCGGUCAGGAACAUACCCUGUCCCUCAACAUUCACUUCCCCAAGUCCCAUUUCAAGCAGCAGUCCCUUACCUGGAAUGGAGAGUGCCUUCAUCACGAGCUGUUCAUCAGCAGGUGCCAAUGGACACAGUGCCACACCACCCCAGCCAUCUCUGGAUUCCAGUUUGAGAUCAGCAAGCUUCUCUCACCCGUCCUUUGCAGAGAGCAGCUAUCUCAACACCACUCCAUCUAACCUGUCGGCUGCCGGCACAGCCAGCUCCUCAGGCAGCUUUGCUCUGGGUGCCGACCCUUCACUAAGCCCAGGUGCACUUCAUCAAGACAGAGGCACGACAGGAGUUCAUGGGCUGCCUGGAAGCCCACAGUCCCUCCAUAGGACAGUGGCCACUAAUACCCCCUCAAGCCCAUCUUUGGGCAGGAGGAUAAUCAGUCCUGGGACAGUGAUGCCCCCUGGAAGCCCAGGUAUGAACAGGCACCCGGCGGGUACUCAUGGAGUUCUGACUGGCACAUCAAGUAGCCCCAUUAUGUCCAGAUACCCUGGCAUCGUUAGUGCCAGUGCACCAGUCACCCCCAGCAGCCCGGUCCUGGAGCCAUACCCUCUGUAUGGCUAUUCGACACCAACAGCACAGUUGGAUGAGCGGUACCCAGCGCUGUCGCGCCAGGGGAGUUCCUCAGGAUACGCUACACCUGGAACACCAGGCUUCCCCGUCUCACCGGCUUACUACAACUCAGCUGCAAGUAGCCCUGGCACUGCCGCAGUUUUCACUGCCACGCCCAUCCCGCAGGUGCCCGGUGGCUCCUCUCCACCUCGAGGCUGCCCGGUCGCUGGUCCUCAGCCUGCACUGCCAGAGAAGAGGCGAAUGUCAAGUGGUGACCGCUCCAACAGCUCAACCAACUAUGCCACAGUCAACGGCAAGACCAUCUCGCCCAUCUCCAGUGGGAUGUCGAGCCCAAGUGGGGGCAGCACUCCAAGCGUGGCCUUUUCACACACAUUACCUGACUUCUCCAAACUCUCUUUGCACGAUGGAAGCCCAGAAGCAAGAGCUCAUGUGAAGUUUGUCCAGGAUACAUCCAAGUAUUGGUACAAACCGGAUAUCUCCCGCGAGCAAGCAAUCGGCCUGCUGAGGGAUCGUGAUCCCGGUGCCUUCAUCAUCCGAGACAGCCAUUCCUUUCGGGGGGCCUAUGGCCUGGCCAUCAAAGUCUCCAGCCCUCCUCCGACUAUCGCACAGCAAAGUAAGAAAGGUGACAUCACCAGUGAGCUCGUUCGACAUUUCCUCAUUGAGACCAGUGCAAAGGGGGUGAAAUUGAAGGGUUGCCUUAACGAACCUUACUUUGGGAGUCUGUCUGCCCUGGUUUACCAGCACUCGAUUACUCCACUGGCUUUGCCCUGCAAACUCGUAAUCCCAAGCCGAGCAAAACAUUUGGGACCUCCUGAGGUUGUGAAAGGCAAGUUUUUUCUUUCAGAUCCGGUGGAUAAAACCCCUGAACCAACUGUGUCGGCAAACUCAGCCACGGAGCUACUGAAACAGGGCGCGGCAUGCAAUGUGCUAUUUGUGAAUUCCGUGGACAUGGAGUCGCUCACAGGACCACAAGCUAUUGCCAAGGCCAUUUCGGAGACCCUCAGCAUCCAACCACAGCCGACUGCCACAGUCGUCCACUUCAAAGUGUCCUCCCAGGGAAUCACUCUGACCGACAAUCAGAGAAAACUUUUCUUCAGGCGCCACUAUCCAAUCAGCAGCGUUACAUUCUGUGACCUUGAUCCCCAAGAGAGAAGGUGGACAAAGACUGACGGAGGAGCGUCUAAACUCUUUGGUUUUGUUGCCCGGAAGCAAGGCAGCACAACUGACAACGUCUGCCAUCUCUUCGCCGAAAUGGACUCCAACCAGCCUGCAGCCGCCAUUGUGAACUUCGUGUCAAAGGUCAUGAUCGGCUUCCAGAAGAGAUGAGCCCGACAGUUUUUGAAAAAUAAAAUAA